AAUCGAAACUGCUCCUUAUUGAUAAAUCGGAAAUUGUCAAGGCAAUUUCUCAGUUUGGAAUAUGAUAAUAUCAAGCAGGCUCUUCUCGCGUGCAUUUGACUGCUGACAUUCGUGAAAUAUAAUUGCUACAGCAUACAAUCUCAUUUCAAACAAAAAUGGAGGAAAAAACAAUUCAGAACGUUUCCACAAUUCGCAUUUUGGUGCUCGGCGACGCAGGUGUUGGUAAGUCAAGGCUUACGGAUCUGCUGGCCCGAAGCGUGGACACGCCCACACCCUCGACGAGGAGCGUCGGUGACGAGUGGUGGAAUGUGCAGGUGCGUCUGCACGAGUAUCCCAGCAAUAAGGGACUGCCGCCGACACCAGAAUGUACAUCAUCCUCGUCACCUGGCUCCUCGCGGAACAGUUCGGAGCGAUUGGCCUGCAAUGAAUUGUUCCCACGCGGAGAGUGGAUCGCGUGCAAAAUGAUUCCAUAUUUUGUGGAAUUUUACGAUUCAAAGGGUUCGCUGCGAAGGCGAAGCAAUAUGCUUAGGAAUCGCCUAUAUGGCAACAUCGAUGGCAUUAUAUUAAUCGGCGUCACGUACCCAUCCUGGAGGUGGGCACCAAAAUUGGAUAUGUUGAAGACACGUCGGAAGUACCGCUCGGGCGGCAUUGCCGACCAGCUGGGCGCCGAUGAGAUUUUGCUCAAUUGCAUGGACACCGACAGUUUGGCUGAGAAAACACGCAAUGGGGGCAAACUGCGUAAUUUUCUUAACAAUGCCAUAGAUUUCAAGCAAUAUUUUCCAGCAACAUGCUAAUAUUCUAAUUUGUAUAUUUUUUGUACAUUUUACUUUUAUUUGUGUAAAUUGUUAUUUACUUUUAUAUUAUAUUAAUAUAUUAGCCAGGUGGCCAUUGCAUCUGGCGACCGCCGAGGAAGUGCAAAUGUAAAUGGUAAACGGACUGGGCGCCAUGCUGCCCAUUAUUGAUUACCACUCGGUAGCCCUUCUCCAGGCCCACUUCCUUGGCCACUUUGCGACCCACCAGCAUCAAGUGGCCCAA